AUGGAAAAAGGAAAACCGUUUAAACUCUUCGUGCCGCCGCGUUUGAGCGGCGGUCAGGUGUCUGCAGUCAAACCCCAGACCAGCGCUCGGGCCGCAGAGCCGUGCCAGGGUUUUAACAAAUGUCCAGGUGAUGAUUUUAAUUUACCUUUUGUAAUGACAACUGCAGCAAGCCAUGGUGAAAUCACUGAUGCAGAUUCAAUUUCACAGCAAACAAAACUUUGCCCUGAGGUGGAUGAAGAGAAUCUGGAAACAAUGAAUGAAUUGUAUUCAAAACUGUACAAAGAGGCUGAGAAGAUCAAGCGAUGGAAACUGGCUGUAGAAUCAGAACUAAAGCAGAAGGAAAGAAAAUUUCAAGAAAAUAGAAAGAUUAUUGAAGCACAGCGUAAAGCCAUUCAAGAAUUGCAGUUUGAAAAUGAAAAGCUAAGUUUGAAGCUGGAAGAUGAGAUAUGUGAAAAUAAAGAUCUUUUAAAAGAAAACAGUGCCUCAAGACACCUGUGUAACCUGCUCAAAGAAACCUGUAGUCACUUCACAGAGAAGUCCACCAAAUAUGAACAUGAAAGAGAAGAAACAAGACAACUAUAUGAGGAACUUAAUAACAACAUUGAAAGAAUGAUAGUGGCAUUUGAAGAGCUUCGUGUGCAAGCAGAGAACACCAGACUGGAAAUGUGUUUCAAAUUAAAAGAAGCAGAAGAAAAAAUGGACAACUUUGAAAGAGAAUGCAAGCUAGAAGUCAGUAUGAAGGAAAAGCAGAUUUCAGUUCUUACUGCAAGGUGUAAUGAAAAAGAUGAUGUAAUAAGAGACAUCAAGACUCACCUGCAGGAAUCAAAAAAUAAGAUUGUGGACUUAGAAGAAGCAAAAAGGCAUGAAGGGGAAAUGUUAAAGGAAUCUCAGCUCAAUCAAGAAUAUUUAAAGGCAGAACUGGAAGAAGCUAAAAAUUCAUUGCGAAAAACAGAGGCUACUCAAGAGAGCUUAGAAACUGAACUGCAAAGUACAAUGAAAGCAUUAAUUCAGGUCACUCAGGAGAAAGAAACACAGAUGGAAGAAUGUAAAGAAGCAAAGGCUCUGCAUGCAUCCAUGUUAGAGGAGUUCAAGGCUUCUACUUACAAUUUGAAAAGUUUGCUGCAAGAAGAACAGAAUAGAUUGAAGAAAUAUGAAGAUGAGUCAAAACUGCUUACAUUGGAGCUCACAAAUAAGUCUGCUGAGCUUGAAGAGAUGACUAAACUAAAACGCGAGAAAGAAAUGCAACUUGAAGAGCUGUCUGAAACACUGGGAAAAGCUGAAGAAGUUCUAGCAAAGAAGAAAGAUCUUGAGGCUACUGUUGAAAAUUUGCAAGAGAGAGGAAAAGAGAUGAAAAAUAUUCUUCAAGUCAGAGAGAAAGAAUUGCAUGAUCUGACAGUACAGCUGACUUGUUCAGUUGAAAAGGAACAAAAUUAUUUGAAACAACUCACAUCACUGAAUGCAGAUCUCGAACGAGAGGCACUAAAGAAUGAGCAACUAACAGUGAAUAUCAAUACGCUGUUAUUAGAGAAAGAACAAAUGUCACAAGAGAAAAGUAAUAUGGCUACAGAACUCAAGAAACUGCAGGAAAGUCAUGAGGAUCAAAGGGAAAAAGAAGAAAACAUAAAGCAGUUAGUAGAACACCUGGAAGAAGCAAAUGGUCAGCUGAGAAAUGAACUGGAGUCUUUGAGAGAGAAGAUGGCAAAGAAAGGUGAAGAAGUUAAAAGCAAACUGGAUGAAAGUGAAGAAAAUACUAAGAGUAUUGAAAAUGAAAUUCUGAAAAAGGAAAGACAGAUGAAGAUGCUAGAAAAUAAGUUGAACACCAUGAAGAAACAGGUGGAAAACAAAACAAAGUGCAUUGAAGAGUUACAGCAGGAGAAUAAGGUACUGAAAAAGAAAAUGACUGCAGAAAGCAAGAAAACAAGUAGUUAUGAAGGGAAGGUGAACAAGCUACAGUUAGAGAUGGAAAAUAUGAACAAGCAACAUAAGGCAAGAGUUGACAUUUAUGAAAAAGAAAUUGAAGCAAAAGGAGUAACUGAAAAUAACUUACUUGAAGAGGUAGAAAAAAUGAGGUUACUUGCUGAUGAAGCAACAAUAGCACAGAGAGAAGCUGAUAUCCGAUGUCAACACAAGAUAACUGAAAUGAUGGCACUUAUGGAAAAGCACAAGCAUGAAUAUGAUAAAAUGGUUGAAGAAAAAGAUACAGAGUUAAAACUAUAUAAGAUAAAAGAGCAAGAGCAGGCAUCAUUGAAAAGAGCUUUGGAAACUGAACUAUCAUGUUUGAAAAGUGAGCUGUCAUCCCUUAAGGAACAGCUUAAGGCAGAAAUUGAAAACAAGGAGAAUCUUGCAAAAGACCUCUCCAAAAAUAGGGCUCCUGAAACUGAAAAGAAGGACAAGAAAAUACAAACUCAUUUUUCUGAGACUCCUAAACCUCAUUCAGAUCCGGACUCUGCAUCUAUUAAUGUAAAAAAACUAUUCUCUCAGAGUGAUAUUCCCAUAAAAACCAGCGUGAUGGAAAGUACAAAAACAUCUCCUCGAGCAUUUCUACAGAGUCCUUUGGUCAGACGAUCCUUGAAGACAUAUACUGUAAAGACUCCCCCAGUACAUAAAAUGCAAAGUGAAAGCUCAGGUCUGAUUUCAGAACAGAGGAAAAAGCAAAAAGUGCUUCUACAGCUGGAUGCUCAGUCAGAUAGCUCUGAACACAGCGACCUUCUGAGCCUUGUUUCAGAUGAAGAAGUAUUUAAAAAAUUAUACAAAGAUUAUCCACAAGCUUCACAAUUAUAUGCAAUGACACCAAAACAGAAACCAACUGCAUCAAACCUGAAAGCUCCGAGCUCUGCACUGAAGCUUGCAACUAUGAGAAAAGUGAGAGAGACUGGAUGGACUGCAGUUUCCAAAAUGGACAGGAAGAGAAAAAUUAAAGAUUCUGAAAAACUCUUCUCUUAAAAAUAAAAAAAAAGAGCAGUGCCCCAACAUUAUUUGAUUAGGACAACUCAGUAUUCUCUGAGCAUUAGUGCUUUGUUGCAUUUUUCUGCCACAUUCAAUAUGUUUAAUACAUGAAUUUCCUUGAUUCAGACAGUCCUUAUAUAACUACAGUCUGCAGAGCAUUUUCAGUGUUUUAUUCAUGUUAUAGAAAG